CGUCCGCGUGACCUUACUGACUGACAUUUCAACCAAAAUGAAGUUGUCUGAAUACCAACAAACUGGUAGUUGUGUGUUGUAUGAAUGAAGUCACGGAUAAGUUACCUUUUUCCCUCAUAUGUUUUUUUGACCAUAUGUGACUACUGGGCUUUCCGAUCAAGAUCUCGUUUCUUGUCCGUGUGGUAGCCAAUUCUACUGCAAGCUGAAAAUGGCCACUCGUGUAUCCCCAAAGAGAAGGACAUCUGUGUUUGACGAACCCUCUGACAAGACUGAUGUCGCUCUGGUUGUAGAAGGGAGACGUCUUCACGUCAACAAAGGGGCACUUUCAGCAGCAUCGGAUGUUUUCCACAGGAUGUUUAAAGGAGAUUUUAAAGAAAAGCAGGAAAGUGAAGUCCCUCUACCGGGAAAAACAUAUGAUGACAUUGUGGACUUGCUUCUCUGUAUUUACCCAUCAGAACUCAGGCCUGUCACCAAGGUAACGGUGGACAGACUGCUGGAACUGGCUGACGAGUACCAGAUUGUUGGCCUGAAGAGGAGGUGUGAGGAGUUUCUGUUAACACUCUGUGGUGACAAACCUCUUUUUCAAAGAGAGGUUCUUCACGCUUUAUAUCUGGCAGAUAAGCACAGCAUGCCUACACUCCUGAAUGCUGCUAUACAAAUUGUGAAAUUGUUCAGAUUUAGAACACAAAAUAAUGCGCGGUAUUCCUUGCAUCUGGAGAAGGACUUUGUGAAUCUUGGGAAUGAAACCAAGUUUAAGCUGAUGACGGAAAUGAUUGACUACUUUCAAAUGUGUUGUAGGUCUGACAAGUUCAGUUCCUUACUUGAACCCUUUUCGGAUUCUGAUGAUGAAAUAUAGCAGAAAUGAUCGAUUUUGUUAUAUUUGUUUUAGGGAUGGGUUUGGGAUGUUUCAAGUGUAUCACAAUAUUUCACAGUGCACAAGGACGUAUUGUGAUACGUAUCACAAUGUUUUGUAUGAUUCAAAAUUGUGAAUUCAGAAGCAAUUUGAAACAUCAAUCAGGAAUAGAAGUUUAUAAAUGGAACAAAACAAGAUGCUGGGACAUUCAAUAAUUACGCAAGGAUGCACGCUCCGGGAUAGUGAUGACUUGGUGCUACAUCAUGCCACAGAAGAACUCCAGAAUGUGAACUUGCAUUUUGGAAUUACGGAAACAUAACGCAGAUACAUGUAUUUGGCAAGUUAAUACCAUUAAACACAUGAUAAAAAUCGGUAUUUGAAAUCAUCUGAUAUUGUGAUACGCAUCAUGCAAAGAAUGAACCUCAAUUUACCGAUAUACCGGUAAAACUGCCCACUCUUAUCUUUUUUUGCUGAUUCUGAAUAAAAUUUAAAGUCUGUAGUUGCA